GACCACUGACCAAACAUCAAUAUGUUGUGUUUUCAAAAUGAAUACUCUGCAUAUAAAGAAGUAGGGUUUAGAGGGAAAACAAAAUAAAAAGACAGAUGGUACCCAGAGGUCAUCUAUCUUUUUCUUCUCCUCCUCUUCCUUCUUCACACACCAAUAGUUCGAAAUAAAUUUCCAGUGGCAAAAUGGCAUGCUUGAAACCUCGUCCAAACUUUUAUCUUCGACUCAUGGCCUCUCGUUUCUUCACGUGUUCUUCUAUUCACUCUCACUCCUUUUCUCUCUCAUCAUCUUCUUCUCUUUCACGCCCCUCCCCCCUCCUGUUCACUACCAGGACGAGUUUCAGAUUCAAAAGGUUCUCGAAUCCGGUUUUGAUUCGAAAUGCAGUGUCUCCACGGGCUUUUAUGUCGUCAAGCAUUGGGGCCGAAGCUUUUAAGGAAAGUGCGAAUUCAAAAGCUUAUGGGUCUGAACAGAUUCAGGUAUUGGAAGGUUUAGAGGCUGUAAGAAAACGACCAGGAAUGUACAUUGGAAGCACUGGACUUCGUGGGUUGCACCAUUUGGUUUAUGAAAUAUUGGACAAUGGUGUUGAUGAGGCACAAGCAGGAUUUGCUUCAAGGAUAGACGUCGUCUUACAUGCAGACAAUUCAGUGAGCAUCACUGACAAUGGACGCGGGAUUCCAACCGACUUGCAUCCAGUGACAAGAAAAUCCUCUUUGGAGACUGUGUUGACGGUUUUACAUGCAGGUGGCAAAUUUGGUGGUUCAAGUAGUGGCUACAGUGUCUCAGGUGGACUACAUGGCGUGGGCUUAUCUGUUGUUAAUGCGUUGUCUGAGGCAUUAGAAGUUACCGUUUGGCGUGAUGGAAAAGAAUACUGGCAGAAAUAUUCCCGUGGGAAACCUGUGACAAUUUUAAUGUGUAAUGAGCUACCGGCUGAGUCAAAAGAUCGUCAAGGGACACGCAUUAAGUUUUGGCCUGAUAAAGAAGUUUUUACUACUGAUUUUCAGUUCGAUCACAAUACUAUAGCUGGACGAAUUAGGGAGCUUGCUUUCCUUAAUCCUGAGCUGACUGUUGCUCUAGAAAAAGAUGAUGCUGAACCAGCGAAGAAACAGUAUAAUGAAUUCUUCUAUGCUGGGGGAUUAGUAGAGUACGUGAGAUGGCUAAAUACUGAUAAGAAACCACUUCAUGACAUUGUGGGUUUUAAAAAAUCAGCAGAUGGGAUCACGAUUGAUGUAGCUCUUCAAUGGUGUUCUGAUGCAUAUUCAGAUACAAUUCUGGGAUAUGUUAAUAGCAUACGGACAAUUGAUGGCGGUACUCACAUAGAUGGUAUGAAGGCUUCAUUAACGAAAACUCUUAACAACCUAGCGAAGAAGUCAAAGAUCAUAAAGGAGAAGGAUAUUAGUUUAAGUGGUGAGCAUGUAAGGGAGGGAUUAACUUGCAUAAUCUCAGUCAAAGUUCCAAAUCCCGAGUUUGAAGGACAAACUAAGACAAGGUUGGGAAAUCCUGAGGUGCGAAAAGUGGUUGAUCAAGCUGUUCAAGAGUAUCUUACUGAUUACUUGGAACUUCAUCCAGAUGUACUUGAUUCAAUCCUUUCCAAGUCCCUUAACGCUCUUAAGGCUGCUCUAGCAGCAAAGAGGGCAAGGGAAUUGGUUAGACAAAAAAGUGUCCUGAGAUCAUCAUCGCUUCCCGGCAAGCUCGCCGAUUGCUCAUCCUCAAAUCCGGAAGAAUCUGAAAUAUUUAUUGUCGAAGGGGAUUCAGCCGGUGGAAGUGCAAAACAAGGCCGUGAUAGGCAGUUUCAGGCAAUUCUUCCUUUAAGGGGUAAAAUUUUGAACAUUGAAAGGAAAGACGAAGCAGCAAUGUACAAAAACGAAGAACUUCAAAAUCUUAUUCGUGCUCUUGGGCUUGGAGUGAAGGGCGAGGAUUUUAAAAAGGAGGCUCUCCGCUAUCAUAAGAUCAUAAUCUUAACAGACGCUGAUGUAGAUGGUGCUCACAUUCGAACCUUGCUAUUGACAUUUUUCUUUAGAUAUCAGAGAGCUUUAUUUGAGGAAGGCUGCAUUUAUGUUGGUGUUCCUCCUCUGUUCAAGGUUGAGAGGGGAAAGCAAGAAUUUUACUGCUAUGACGAUGCAGAACUCAAGCAACUUCAGAGUUCCUUCCCUGCAAAUGCAUCAUACAACAUUCAGAGAUUCAAAGGCUUGGGAGAGAUGAUGCCUGCACAGCUGUGGGAAACAACAUUAAAUCCAGGUACAAGGGUGCUAAAGCAGCUAGUGGUUGAGAAUGCAGCAGAAGCAAACGUUGUUUUCUCGUCUCUUAUGGGUGCCCGGGUGGAUGUCCGCAAGGAGCUUAUACAGAAUGCUGCGAGCCGGAUCAACAUUGAGCAACUGGAUAUAUGAGGGUAGCAUUGAAUGUGGAAAGGGCAAAAUUUUUGUACGAUGCACUUUACAAAGGGCAAUCGAAUUGGAAAUUGUUUAUUACUUUGUAUAGAAGCAAAAAAGGUUUAUUUUGACUUCCUGUUUUAGUUGCUGCUAGUUAUGAAGGCUUCCCAUGGUGUUCUUGUUGUAAUGUAACACUUGGGAGUUUUUAUUUAAAUACAUAAGUUAUCAAAUUAUCAUGGUUAUUGAGGUUUUUUAUAUUCAA